GGCGCCCCUCCUGGCCAAUCAGGGUGUGUGCAGUGGCUUCGACACCACCCCCCAGCGGCCGCACAGGCGCACUGAGCUCCCAACUGCCAUUUUGUGGCAGAGGCUACUCUGCUAAAGCUGGAGAGGGAUUAAAACAAACUGCGAAGAAGCCCGCGUUUGUCACGGGCACGGCAAACUUUAUAGCCCAACCCCUGUGCCCUCGCUCUCGUUGACCGGGAGGAGAAACACGCAGGAAAUAGGUUAACAUGCAGGUAGCAGCCUAAAUCCUCAGGUUGACAGGGAUAGUCAGGUAACAGACAGUUGAUUCAGCAAAGCUCAGGGACACUUUCCAGUACCACAACCCCUGCAGCCUGCAGCCUACUGUAAAGAAAUCAUGACAACAGUCCAUUUAUCGUUGAUAUUCCAGUUCCUACCCAGAAUGGACGGAGGGCCAACAGAGGGUGUGGAGGUCCCCUCCAUCCAGGCCAUUCACAGCCAGGACGCCAUGGUUGCAGACCUCCUCCAACAAGCUGCAGAGGCUGGGGGUGUGGUCGAGGGACAAGCUGGAGUCAUCCUUGAUCAAGGUCAUGGGGAAGGAUUGGUAGCAGCCACCCAGGCCCAGCAGCAGCUAAUGGAAGCCGGGGUGGCGGUCGGUGUAGACGGGGCAACAGGGGUUGAAAUGAUGGUCAUGGACUCACUAGAUCCCACCCUGCUGCAGAUGAAGACCGAGGUGAUGGAUGCUGCAGUGGGGGGGUCGUCAGCGGCUGUGGGUGUAGUUGGAGGGGUAGCGGGGUCUGCUCACCAAGCAACUGUAACAACAGUGGACCAGACUCAGAUCAUCACACUGCAGGUGGUAAACAUGGAGGAGCAGGCAGCUUUGGGCCUGGGGGAGCUGCAGCUGGUUCAGGUGCCCGUCUCUGCCUCCACCGUGGAGGCCCUGCAGCAAGGCACCUUUGUUGACACCACUGCGAUGCCGAAGGAUGGCGACCCGGUCAUCUGCCACACUCUGCCACUGCCGGAGGGCUUUCAGGUAGUUAAGGUCGGUGCCAACGGGGAGGUGGAGACGGUGGAACAGGAAGAGGAGGGAGUCAUAGCCCACCCUGAAGAGGAAGAAGAUGAGGAGGUGGGGAACCAGCUGCUGGAUGAAGUGGAAGACGGGCCCAUUCAGACUCAGAACGAUGACCCAAACUGGGCCAAAGAUCCAGACUACCAGCCUCCAUGUGGAGCAGCCAAGAAGUCCAAAAAGGGAAAGAAGAAUCGCCUACGUUACGGUGAAGGAGAUAAGGACAUGGACGUCAGUGUCUAUGACUUUGAGGAAGAGCAGCAGGAGGGUCUUCUGUCUGAGGUCAAUGCUGAGAAAGUGGUGGGCAACAUGAAACCACCCAAACCUACAAAGAUCAAGAAGAAAGGAGUGAAGAAGACGUUUCAGUGUGAGCUGUGCAGCUACACCUGCCCCCGACGCUCCAACCUGGACCGACACAUGAAGAGCCACACGGACGAGAGACCCCACAAGUGUCACCUUUGUGGCAGAGCCUUCAGGACCGUCACCUUGCUAAGAAACCACCUCAACACACACACUGGAACUCGUCCACACAAAUGCACAGACUGCGAUAUGGCGUUUGUGACGAGCGGAGAGCUGGUUCGUCAUCGUCGCUACAAACACACACACGAGAAACCCUUCAAGUGCUCCAUGUGCGACUACGCCAGUGUGGAGGUGAGCAAACUAAAGCGCCACAUCCGGUCCCACACCGGCGAGCGUCCGUUCCAGUGCAGUUUGUGCAGCUACGCCAGCAGAGACACGUACAAGCUGAAAAGACACAUGAGGACACACUCAGGAGAGAAACCGUACGAGUGCUACAUAUGUCACGCCCGAUUCACCCAGAGUGGGACCAUGAAGAUGCACAUUCUGCAGAAACACACGGAGAACGUGGCCAAAUUCCACUGUCCCCACUGUGACACGGUCAUCGCACGCAAGAGUGACCUGGGUGUCCAUCUUCGUAAGCAGCACUCGUUCAUUGAGACGGGAAAGAAAUGUCGUUACUGCGAUGCAGUGUUCCACGAGCGCUACGCUCUGAUCCAGCACCAGAAGUCCCACAAGAACGAGAAGAGGUUCAAGUGUGACAUGUGUGACUACUGCUGCCGUCAGGAGCGGCACAUGGUAAUGCACCGUCGAACCCACACCGGAGAGAAACCAUACGCCUGCAGCCAGUGUGAGAAGACCUUCAGACAGAAGCAGUUGCUGGACAUGCACUUCAAACGCUACCACGACCCCAACUUUGUCCCCACCGCCUUCGUCUGCCCCAAGUGUAGCAAGACGUUCACUCGCCGGAAUACCAUGGCGCGGCACGCCGACAACUGCAACGGUGAGGUGGAGGAUGCUGAGAACGGAACUCCGACCCCAAAGAGAGGCAGAAGAGGAAGAAAGAGGAAGAUGAGGAGCAGGAGGGAUGAAGAUGACAGUGAGGAGGAUAACGCUGAUCCCGAUGACGACGAGGACGGGGAAGGAGAGGAGGAAUCAUCACUGCAGCAGGAAGACGAGGAGCCAGAGAGUAUGGAGCUGGACCAGGCCCCCGCCGCCAUCCCAAUACCAGCCCCCGACGAGCCACCAGUCAAGAGGAAACGAGGCCGUCCCCCCAAGAAUGCCCCAAAGCUCCCUACACCCAGCAAGUCAGCGAGGGUGGCUGCCAAGACGACGGCUUCUGCUGCUGCCAUCAUCCAGGUAGAGGACGAGAGCACCGGGGCGGUGGAGAACAUCAUCGUGAAGAAGGAGGAGGAGGCCGAUGCCUCUGCUGUGACGCCCCUGGACGAGGGGGUGGCCCUGACCGUGGAGGGGGUGGGGCUGGACGGGGAGGGGGAGGGGGAGGGGGUGGAGACUGUUGAGCUGGCUGUGAACGAGGAUACAGCGGCGGCCGCUGCUGCCGCUGCCAACGGCGACCUGACACCAGAGAUGAUCCUGAGCAUGAUGGACCGGUGAACGCGACUCGUGUGGCCAGACUGUGUACAGCUAACAUGUCUCAUCUGUAUGUGCUUCUAACGGCAGCCAUGUUUCCUCCGCUGGAGCGGCACAAAGAAAGGAAGCUGCAUGUAAAUACUUCCACAACAACGUCACACACACACACACACACACAUACACACACACACACACACACACACACACACACACACACACACACACACACACACACACACACACACACACACACACACACACACUCUACCAGAUCCAGUGUCAUCAUCGUAUACAGAUGAGAUGGUGAUCACGGACUGAUGUCUGCUCCUCUGCUCUUUCUUGUGUUGUGUCUCCACCCGGCCACAUCCUGUGUCAGUCUCCACCCACACGCUCUGCACCUCACGUUCACAUGGAAACUAACCCCUCUCCUCUCUGCGCGUUGCUUUGCCACAACCACUCAUUACUUGCCCCUCCUUCACUUCUCACUCUGGGUUUCUGCUCUCCUGCUCCAGUCUCUUGCGACUUUGCCGAUUUAGCGAAAUGAUUUGUGUGUGUGUGUGUGUGUAUAUAAGUAUACACCUAGUUUCUCCUGAUGAAGACGUAGUGUGUGGUACUGUACCUGCUCUCACUCAUAGGACUGUUAACACUGCUAGCAUCUGGGCUCUGGUGGACACGCCCCCUCGGUCAGCUCAUGUACCGUCAGUACUUCCGACAGCUGCUCAUUUAGUUUCCCACCACCGACGCAGUUUGAGAUGAAGUUAUUUUCCUCCAAGCCUUACUCACCCACAGGCAACGGGUCAUUUGACGUCACAUCAACCUAAAUAUUUAGCUGUAGUCGUGGUUUUGAACAUUCCAAAUACUUCAGGUCACAGAAUUAUGCCUAUGCAUUUGAACAGUCUCACAUGAAGUAAUCAGCAGUGUCCCUGAAACACCACCCGACUCAAUGAUCAACUGUAAAUACAUAUUUUAAAACCUUUUUUUUUUUUUUGAUUUCUUUUGAAGCCUUUUGAAUGUUUUAGCUCGUUUGGGGAUGAGUUGGUGGAAACGGACACUGAGGUUCUCAGUUGUGUGGUAACCUGGUUCUUCAGCCCAUCACUCUCUCAGCUCUGUAUGUGUGUUCUGUUGCUCACAGCUGUGUUCUGCUUCGUCCUCUUACCUUUGGCCCACAGAGAGAACUUCAGUCAGUAAACUGACUGUGAUCAGAACUGACGGCUCUAAAUACAGAUUUUAAAGGACGGCAGUUGUGUUCAAUUUGAUCAUCACAGAGCUUUCAGCACGAAUGCAUGUCCUAACCUCGACCCAUGACCUGUAGUUUUAAAUGGAGCCCUCUGUAACCAGGGUGUAAAUAACCACGGUCACAGAAACAUGCUGGAGGUUUUCUGAGGAAUCAUGACACUGUACCCGACUUCUGUGACUGGAUGACGACAUGUCGGUUUUCUUCCGCCGUUGCUUGUUUGUUUUCGUCCGAGGUGGGAGAGCAGAGAUUCUAGUGUUGAAGUUGAGACACCGUACAGCUGAUGAAAAAUAAACGCCUCCUCCUCCUGGG